UCCUGUGAAGAGACGGGGACGACUUGAGUGCAGUCCACAUACAAGCUGCCUCCACGUCGCAUCGUCCGAAACGAAAGCUGUCAGCACCGCAAUCGAUGAAUCGCUCCUGAAGUUGUCCAGUAAUAAUCUAAAAGGACAAGCACUUCUUCACAGCGAUGAUCACACAUCAACAGUGAACAAUGGGCCUAUAGAUGGCACCACUUCGUUCACUAUGGCGGUUGCUUAAUGAUAGUGGCUUUGAUGCACUCCCGUGCGGGAAAUAGUCACGGUUGUCAGGUGUUCAUGCUGCGAGCGUCAUGGUGAGCGCACGGCGGCUUAAAGAUGACCCGCUGUUUGGAAUCGACUCUCGGUGGAGCUGGAUCACAGCCUUCUUCUGUGCUUGGGUGUUGUUCCUGGCCAUGGCGACACCCCGUAUGGCUGGCAUUUUCUUUUACGGAAUCGUCGAAACAUUCGGGGCAACCAGAAAUGAAGCUUCGUGGCCGGUGUCCCUGGCGGGUACCUUCACAGUAUUAGGAGGUCCGAUAGCUGGCUACCUCUGCCAGCGUUUUUCGUGUCGGGCAGUGCUGUUGGUCUGCUCACCUUUGGCUAGUAUUGGAGUCUGUCUAUGUUACCUGGCGAGAGAUCUCCUAUUUAUCACCGUUUUCUUGGGAAUCAUUCACGGUACUGCGUUGUGCGGCUUGUACGUGGCUUCGAAUAUCCUGCUCGCCCAGCAUUUCGAGAAGCGAAGAGCGACGGCCAUUAGCCUAGUGUUUACAGCGUUCGGCUUCAGCUCUGUCGUUCUUACGCCACUCAUAGAGUUCUUGCGAAAGACGUAUGGAAUCCGUGGGGCGUUUCUCAUUUUUGGUGCGAUUCUCCUAAACACGAUACCAGCCGUUAUUGUUCUCAGAAGCCCGCCGUGGCUGACGAAGUCGGAAAUUGCAAAGAAAGUGAUGCCCAAUGAAGAGGAUCAAAAAAAGGCGACAUGUCUUUUGAUUCAACCUGCCAAUGAAGACGUCAGCAUAACAAAAGCGAUAGAAAAUCAUGACGCUUACUCAAGCAAACGCUUAAAUUUUCAGCAGGAGCAGGAAAACAUGUCGCAUACAGGGCUGUUUACACGGAAAAGUUCUCUUAAGCUGAUGGAGGCAAAGGAGGCUCUCCUAAAUUUUAGUCUCCCCGCGGCGACAAGGCAAAUCUUCACGUUGUCUUUCCUUGUCCACGCACUGUCUUUCGCAGCCGUAAUUAUCCCCGCGAGCGUAUUCCUUAUAAUAAUGGGAGACAUUACCAAUGACCACGGCCUUAAUCCUUCAAAUGCCGUGUAUUUUCUCCAGGCUUUCUCGGCAGCGGAUAUCGCGUUGAGAUCUGUUGUGGGCAUUACUAUCGAUUCGCAGACUUUAUCCCAUGAAUCCGUCAUGCUUAUCGGAUACUUAGCGCAGGGACUCACUUAUGAGUGGCUUACCUGGGCGAAUACAGUACCACAAAUGAUUGCCGUUUCUGUCCUCAUGGGUGCCACGUACGGAUCAAGAACGUGUCUGCAGGCUCCUGUUUUGGUGAAGGACUUCGGCAUCGGCAAUUUGCCUGUGGUUAUGGGUGCCGUAUUCUUCUGCAUAGGCGUAUCUCUUCUCCUCCGUCCAUCACUGAUCGGGUAUUUCAGAGACACUUAUGGCGACUACAACGGGCUGCUCCAUUUGAUGGCUGCUCUCAAUGCAUUGUUCCUGUGCAUUUGGGUGGUGAAGCUCGUCACUCAGAGGAAAACCGGGCGACUGUGACAUCUCAGAGUGCACACCAUGUGGAUGUAUCACACUGUUCUACCAAUAAAAAUGCCAACUGUAUAUAAUAUA